AUGGUCAUGGCUGCCUGGUGCGCGUGCCCCGCUUUGCCCACUCCGUUGGCUUCCUAUGCGGAGACUGUGCGCACUGAACGUGCUUCGAGCCGUUCAGUGCAGAAGACGCUGCCGUUCCCCAUGUACGUGAUAUCCACUGAGACCCUGCUGAAGCUGCGAGUGCUGCUGUCUCAUGAGGAGUUGCUGGCUGAUAGUUUGUUGACGGAGUUCCAUCAGGGCCACUGCAUUUUUGUGAGCCAUCAGUGGCUCUCAGGUCAACAUCCAGAUCCAUCCGGUGUACAAUUCAAGGUUCUUCAAGAUGCUUUGCGCAACAUUUUGUCAGGUUCCAGCCAGAUCUCUGUGGACGUGAGCACGGAGCUCAUGUUCGGACGUCCCCAGACCGACUACGCGAAAGAGAUGCGGAUGAAGCCCUUGUAUGUUUGGUACGAUUAUUUCUGCGUGCCUCAAAAAGCUCGUAAUGACGUCGACCGAUCAUUGGCCAUCAGCCUAAUCCCCGAGUAUGUGGCAAGGUGCAAGUUCUUUGUGGUGCUGGCACCUCCACUGAGACACACUGAACACUUCGAAGUCAUGAGCAGGUAUUCAUGGUGCAAGCGCGGCUGGUGCCGGAUGGAAUGGAUGGCUCGAGAGUAUUCUUUCGAAGAUGCAGUGGUUAUCUUGGUCACGAGCGCACAGCAUCAGACUUUUCUGCCUCAAUAUGAAUGCAUCCUUUAUUCUCCGGGAAAUGGGAGCUUCGCCGUGGAGAACGAUCGGGAGAAAAUUGGGCAUUUGGCAGAGAACAUGAUCCUGAAGAAGCUUCAUUUUUGUUUGGAGAUGGGUGAUUUGCACAACUAUCGCUUCUUCCUGAAUCAGCAAACCAUCCGCCUAGAGGGUCUUCGCCCAAGCCCUUUCGAUGAUGUGGUGCCGGGCUUCGACACGGAGAUCGACCCCUCCACCGAUUCCGAGAGCUUCCUCUUGGAAAGGUUCAUGUAUCAAAACGGCUUCGUGAACGUGUCCGAGUACGACGAGGGUGGCUGGCCGCCUAUUUGCUUUGCAGCGAUGAAGGGCGACCCGACGCUCAUCGAGGCCUUGCUGGAGCGAAAGGCGAAUCCCAACGACCGGACUUUGCAGCCCAAGCGAUGUGUGCACUUCGAACACCAGAUGUGUGCACUGAGCAUGUGCAGUUUCUUCCGGAGAAACGAGGCCAUGCGGGUGCUCUUGGAGGCACGGGCAGACCCUGACCUGCCGGACGGCCGAAAGUGCACCAGUUUACACUGGGCCUGUGCUGCAGACAAUGUGGAAGGCCUGCGUAUCCUUUUGGAGGUCGGUGGCGAUCCCUUUCUUCAAUCCGGCCCUGGCCCGGAUGUCUUCGGCACCGCCUGUGCAUGUGGUGCUACCCAGUGUGUCCGAGAGUUGCUUCUUCGGGUGCAAGGCAUAUCUCUCAAGGAUUGCUUCUUCUGGGCCUUGCUUUUGGAUGGAGGCUCAGCAGAGCAGAUGAAGAUUCUUGCAGAGGCAAAGGGGGACAUCAACGAACCCUAUGUGCCGGAGAUACCAGCGCUUUGGAUGAUGAUGGGUCUUUUUGGCCUGAAGCACCACUUCAGCCCCUCGCGCCUCACCAACUUGGCCAAGAACCACCGUGGCUGCACGCCGCUGAUGUACAGUGUGCUUAGCAGCCACUUCGAAGCCACUGUGGCACUGAUCGCCCUGGGUGCUGACCUUGGGGCGCGCAAUUCACAGGGGAAGACGGCGGCCGACCUGGCCCGCGAGGUCUUAGCACCACAGGAGCUCGUGACCUCCUUGCAGGGCAACGACCACGACGACACCGCUCCCAGGACGACGACUACUGGAAGGAAAUGUGAGAGUUGGCCCAGCAAGCUGGCACUUUAA